UAUUCCGUGGUCUCACAUGAAUUGCUGUGGAGUAUCGUCCUUCUUUUAACAUGCUCAUCCUCACUUAUCUUGCUCUUCUUUUUUAUGUUAUAUCGACGAUUGACAUUUAGAGUAGAGCCACAUUCUAUAAACAAAGCGAUGCUAUCCUACUAAAAUAAAGAAAAUGACUAUGUCCGGUGAUCCAAAGUCACCGUCUUCCCGCGGUCAUUUGAUCUUAAAAUCUCACUCUCCUUUACCUCAAUUUCGAUGUGCGAUUCCCGUUCCUCAAUCAUCAGCUCUGGUAUCGCAAUUGAGGAAUACAGUCUUGGCAAUUCUUACCGGUCAAGCGACAGCAAAAGAUCCAUCAUCCUCAGUCACACCAAAUAGUACGGAUGCGGGAUUAAGUUAUUCCGAACAUCUUAAACAACAAACUCUACACGAAUGGAGAUUGAAAGGUCUCGUUUUAGAACUCAAACAGAAUGCAUUGAUCGCUCCAGAAACACGACAGCAUAUGGAUGAUGAAACAAACGGUGAACACGAACAAAGAGGAACAGGUUUCGUACUCGCUGACGAUCAUGAAUGCGCAUUAUUGGAACAUGGGGAUGAAAUCAAUAUUUGGUUACGUGAAGGACAAGAGAUCGAAUCUUUACGUUUACCAAAGUUGUCCUCAAGGCACGAAUAUGGACUACCCAAUCAACCCUCCUUGACCCGAUCUGGAACCCUCCUUGGUCCACCACCACCGUACACGAGCAUACAGGAAGAGUACGAAUUUGGAGUUCCAUCGGCAACAUUGAUCGAACCUAGAGAACCAUCUUCGCAUUCUUCAAGCGUUUCAGCACAUCCUAAUGGACAAUAUGAAACUACCAUGAGACACAAAAGUACGCCCGCCGGCUGGCAUAGAGUCAUGUAUUUAAACAACAAUAAUGAUGCAAACGGGGUGAACAACAAUACCACAACGAAGCCGGCAAGGCGCAGUAAGCCAAAGAGACUUAUGUCAGAAGGCUCAAACGGUUUAGUGGAUCAGACACCGAAGCCAACCAGACGUAAUUCGUCCAAUGUUCCUGCUAAACCUCCGAUUAUCAAAGAAUCGAAUGAUGGCAUAGUAUCUGAAGUCAGACGAUCGCCUUUGCAUUCUCCUCCGACUUCACCAUCCAUUUCAAAUAAAGAGAUUUUGAUGUCACAAGCAAUUACAGAAUCUGGCCCUUCAAAAGCAGCUCGAGCAGAGAGGGAAAAGUUGCGAAAAGCUGGUCAAAAGUCCAUGCCCUCGCAAGCUCUAAUUAUCGGACCUGGUGUACAAGGCAAGGUUGGAAGGGUGAACAGUGGCGGUGAGAGUAGCAACAAAGGUGCAAUCACCCCUCCUGCAGAAGGAGUAGAAGCUGGCGAGUAUGGUAACAUGGAAGCCUUCGUUUCUUUCACUGCUGCCAGUUCUGAGGUUCAUCAGAUUAAAAGCAAUGCACCUUUAGGAUCCCGGAGAAUGUCCAGCAGAUCAGGAACGUCCGGCAAGGAUGAGCGAUUGGCAAAGAUUACCGAAGCCGCUCGAGCUUCAGGAGAAGGACAAAAUGGUAGCAAUGGACGAGCUUCGGGUGCCUCGCUUGCUUCUGGAUUGGCGACAAACAAUGGAGGGAAUGGGGAGGAUAAUAAUACAAAAACUGGAAAAAGCAAGCCUAUCUUUAAGAAAUACGUAAAGCUUCCGGAGAAGCCAGAACUUCCACCUAUAAGAAAUUUACUUCCAUUUGAGAAAGAUGAUGGCCCGGCAAGUGAAACAUUAAUGCCUAUGCCGGAACCUUCGCCUGCCCUCAUUCCACCUGUGAAUGAUGCUACACCUGGUAGUAGCCAACAAAGUGAACGUGAACUGCAAUUGACGGAAGAUGCAGCUUUGGCUCGUGCUUUGGCCGAAAGCUUGACUUACGAGAGAAGUCCCUCUACUUCCAAUCCUCCUACACCGGGUCUCAGCACAAAUAAUCGAAGUAUGACUGCCUCACCUGCUCAGCUAAUCCAAUCAAGGCCACAAAAUCUGGCUCGGAAAUCAUCUUCGAGUGCGGAAGCCUCUAAACUUUUGAAUCGAAAGACGAGCAAUGAUGCAAGUAAGCUGGAGCAAAAGAGGUCCUCAACGCAACAAAUGCCUGGAAUUGUACGACAGAAAAGCGGAGGUGCGAUAAGUAACGGAAGCGGCGGAAAAGGAGAUGAAGUACAAUUGAGCAAAGCGGAAAAGCGUUAUAACGAAGUAAAGAAAGCAUUAGAAGCGGAAAAGAAUAAACAAGCGGAACAAGAACGUAAUCGAAAAGAGAAAGCGCAAAAAGAACGUGAAGAACGUGAAAAGUUCUUACAAAAGAUCGAACAUGAAAGAAGACAAAAACAAGAGAAAGCAAGAUGGGAAGUUUGGGAAGAAGUUCGAUCCCGUCAAACGAAAGAGCAAUCUCGUUGAUUUUUUUCUAUUUAUCAUUAACACCACUGUAUAUUUAUCGGUUUCCAUCUUUUCCAUUUUCAGCACCACAUACAUAUUUUAUCAUUUCAUUGCUUCGGAGCAUAUCACUUCCCAGCUCACAGACAUUCGUGUGUUGUGUGCAGAUGAGAAGAAAGGAAAGCUAUUCUAUUUCGAUAUAUCUCUGUCAUUAAAUGAUAAAAAUUAGUCGAAGAAUGAUUUGUUGAAGCGGCCCUCAAACCCUUUUGAAUACUUCUAAUUCUACCCAAUUUCUAUAUUGUUCACCUUUACGUAAAACUGUAUCAUCUUGAGCGAAUUG